GUAAACUCAAAUAAAACUGAUUUUAUUUGUUAUAUUGCAGUGCAUAUCAAACUGUGCAUAUUCAGUGACCACUCGCUCCUUGCGUAUAUUUUUUUAAAUACUUAUAAAAGUUUGGAAACUUCCAAGUUAUAAAACUUUAGCCUUACGCAACAGAUAUUUUCACAGACACAAAGGAAGGUUCUUAUUUGCGUCAGUCGGUUAAAAUAAGUGUAAAGAUGAGGUUCGAGUGGCCCAGUGUGACGCGGUGCUGCUGCUGCCUGCCUCUCAGGAUCGGAGUGCUAGUUUUUGGAUACCUUAACCUUUUGUUUUCCCUCAUAUUGGCUGGAAUAUACAUAAUGCUGAUUCACGAUAAGAAAACUCACUCAGUAAUUCUCUACCACGGUGCCUUGUCAGAGAACUUGCCUAAAGAAUUGAGUCUUUGUAUAUACCUGCUGGAGAUCAUAUUCAGCGUUCUCUUGCUGUAUGGAGCUCAUAGGAAAAUACCAGCCUACAUAAAGAGCUUCUUCUACUUCACGAUCUCCACGCUGGCGGCGGCGGUGCUGCUGGCGAUCGUCGAGGUGUCCAUCAACAGGCGGGCGCUGUACUUCUCCACGGAGGUACUCGUUGUGCUGUUCUCGGGACUGUGUGUCCAAGUGUACCUGUCCGUCUUAGUCUACAGUCUCCUGGCCAAGACAGAGCGAGCUGGCCCGCAUCACUACGAGAACCACCUCACCCAGGUGGUGCUGGGGGACUUCGAGACAGAGACUGCUGCUGCUGACGAGCACGCGUGAAGAGUUAGGAGCAGGGUGUUUGUAUUGUGUGAAUUGUUGGAGUAGGGUUGUUGUUAAGUUGUUUUUGUAUAGUGUAUAAUUAUAGUGUUUUUAAUUGUUAUUAUAGAGCGUAAGAAUUUAGAUUCUGCUAUAAGUACUUACUUACUUACUUUUGUUUAGUAAAAUGUUUGUUGUAAAAGUUUACUAGUCAUUAAAAUUUUGCAAUCCAACAUAAUUA